CCAGAAGGCACUCGUCCACCAAUCACGCCGCUGCGUUCCGUACGCCAAACUCUUUUUGACACGGGCAGGACUGGGUUCUUUCUCCGCCUAGCUCUCCGCCCAUGACGUCCUCGCGAUUUUUCAACAUUCUUACACGAACUGUGUAUUCACCCGCCUGCGGUGAGGCUUGGGCCCGCCUUAGCUUUACAGCAACGGCCAGAAGUGAGCAACUUGCCCCACAACUGCGAUUCCUUCGGGCCGGAUCUGGAAUUGCAGAUGCGGGGAUCCAUGCUGCCGAGAGGUGCUCACCAAGGGUGGUGUUGUGCUAGCAGAUGAUGAGCGACAUGCCUGUACACCAGCUUCCCGUGUCCCAUUGAACGCUUUAAGAGAGCUUCUGCAGCCCAUAAGUACUAGCAGGUCCCUUCCUUUUCCGUUUUGACGCAGGCAUCCCUCAAUUGAAGUCAACAUGGCUCAAUCGUUAUCUUUGCUCGGUCUGCUGGCUACUGUUGCACACGCACAGCUCAGCAAUAGCUCGACUCCGACCUUUGCUCUCCCAUCCGGUUACACUACGUCGAGCUAUAACAACUCGGAACAGCCAACCGCGUACACCCGCACAGACUUUGGUCCCAAUGCACUUGCAUCGCUGUGGGAUCUCGUAGGCCCCGUAGCUACCGGUCCGGUCACUAGCACUGUGGAGCCCACUCCGGAGCCCACGAUAUUUCCUCGACCCGAUGAAGAGAUAUUCCACCCGCUUGUAGGCAGUAGUUACCCUGAAGCGAAGGAUUUGAAGCUGCCCGCAGGGUUCAAGUGGGGAUUCAGCUCGUCGUCAUACCAAAUUGAGGGUGCAGCGAAGGAUGAGGGCAAAGGACCAAGUAUCUGGGAUCUGCUGUCUCACAGAGUUCCAAACUUUGUCAGCGAUAACACCACUGGAGAUGUCGUUGCUAGCCAGUACUGGCUCUACAAGCAGGACUUUGCGAGAUUGAAGGCGCUCGGCGUACCUUCGUUCAGUCCCAGCUUCUCGUGGCCACGCUUCUUUCCCUUCGGCCACGGCCCAGUGAAUGAGGAAGCAGUCCAGCAUUACGACGAUGUGAUCUCAGAAAUGCACGCCAACGGCAUUACACCCGCCGUCACCCUCUUCCACUGGGACACGCCUCUCGCCAUCUUCGCUGAGUAUGGCGCCUGGACCGAUCGACGCGUCGUAGACCAUUUCUUCGAAUAUGCCAAAUUCGUUAUCACGCGGUACGACGAAUACGUCGACGAAUGGUUCACCAUCAACGAGCCGCAAUACUGCAACUGGCAAUACGCUGGCUACCCGGCAGGAAAGUACUAUCCCGCCCCGAACAACAUCACCGGCGGCCUAGAAGCACGCUUCCUGUGCGGCCACCACACGCUGCUCGCCCACGCCAAGGUCGCAAAAUGGUACCACGAGGAGUUCCAGGGCCGCCACCGCAUCACAUUUAAGAACUCCGGCAACUACUUCGAAGCCAACAGCACCUCCCCCGGCGACAUUGAGGCGCGCCAGCGCAACUUCGACUUCAGCAUCGGCUGGUUUGGCGGCCCAUGGACCGACGGCGACUACCCAGCGUCACUGAAGAGCACCCUCGGCGACCUGCUCCCCAACUUCACCCAGGAGGAAAAAGACAUGAUUAAGGGCUCCUGCGACUUCUACGCCAUCGACCCGUACUCGUCGUUCAUGGCGUACGAAGUCGACGGCGGCCUCGACGCCUGCGUGUCCAACCGCUCGCACCCCGGGUUCCCAGACUGCGCAGGCUCGACAUCGGUCGCGCCGAACGGAUUCCCCAUCGGCCCUGCUGCGGACCCGAUGAUGGGCUGGUUCUACAGCGCGCCGGCGGGCGUGCGCAGGUUCCUCAAGCACAUCACCACGGAGCUGUUCCCCGCCGUGCCGGACAUCGUGGUCAGCGAGUUCGGGUUCGCAGAGCCGUUUGAGGCGCAGUGGGGGACGCUGAACUCGGCGCUGUGGGAUCUGAAGCGCGCGGACUACUUCCAGCAGUAUCUGGAUAACAUCCUGCUGGCUAUUCACGUCGACGGGGUGAAUGUCACGGGCGCUUGGGGAUGGGCGAUCUUUGAUAAUUUCGAGUGGUCUUUGGGCACUGAAGUCCGCUUCGGGCUGCAGUACGUGAACUACACGAGCUUGGAACGGACGCCCAAGGCGAGUAUGUUCCAGUUCCUGAACUGGUUUGAAGACCAUAAGCACACGGGGAACGCGACGAUGCGGCUGGCAUAGACAGAUCAGAG